AUGGCUAUGACAAUGGAUAUUGAGAUUGUUGCUAGAGAAACAAUCAAGCCAUCUUCUCCAACCCCCCAACAUCUAAGAAAUUUCAACUUUUCCCUUAUUGACCAGACUGCUCCUGUAAUGUUCACACCAUUGCUUCUUUUCUACCCAGAAAACAAUAAUACAAAUAACCAUCUAAUCCCGGCCACCCAAAGAUCGCAGAAGCUGAAGACAUCCCUAUCAAAAUUACUUACAGUUUUCUAUCCCCUCGCUGGCAUAAUCAAAGAACAAACCACCAUUGAGUGUAAUGAUGAUGGGGCUGAAUAUGUUGAAGCUCAGAUCAAAUGCAAUUUAUCUGACAUUCUUCAACAGCCUGAUGCAUCAAUGCUACGAAGUUUUCUUCCUGUUGAGAUUGAAUCCGAGGAGGCUGACUCCAGCCGCCUGCUCUUUGUUCAAGCCAACUUCUUCAAAUGCGGUGGAAUGGUAAUUGGCGUUUGCAUUUCACAUAAAAUUGCGGACACAGAAACGCUGUCUACAGUCUUAAAUAGUUGGUCUCAAAUAGCCAUUUCAGGGUCUAGCGAUGGAGUGAAGUUUCCUGAAUUCAACGCAGCAUCUAUUUUCCCUCCAUUAGAUUCCAAGCCCCAUAUUACAAUUCCGCGUCAUGAUAGCUUAAUUAGCAAGAGGUUCGUGAUUGAAUCAUCAAAGAUUGUUUCCCUCAAGGCGAAAGCAGCCGGAGCAACAGUGCAGCAACCAACGCGCGUGGAAGCUGUCACGGCUUUGAUCUGGAAAUGCAUGAUAAAUGUUUCAAGAUCAGCAAAAGGGUUUCCGAGACUAUCUGUUAUAAGCCACGUAGUGAACUUACGUAAAAGAAUAGAGCCACCUUUGCCGGAAAACUGCAUCGGCAACAUUGUGGGGGCGUUCUUCGCUGCGCAUUCGACAGAAAAGGAGACAGACUUGCAGGGACUGGUUUGUGAACUAAGAAAAGAAUUAACAGAAUUCAAGAAAACUGGUUUGCAAAAGAUUAAAGUAGAGAAAAGGACAUGGCUAAAAAUGUGUGGGAUAGAAAAUUUACUGGGAAGAGAGGAUAUAGAUUAUCAUACAUGCACCAGUUGGUGCAGAUUUCCACUUUAUGAGGUUGAUUUCGGGUGGGGAAAGCCGAUAUGGGCUACUGUUCCCAGCCUAAUAUUUAAGAAUGCGGUGUUUAUGAUGGACGCGAGAGAUGGUGAAGGAGUAGAAGUUAUGGUAAGUUUGAGCGAAGAAGACAUGGCGUUAUUUGAAGGCGACCAAGAUUUACUUGAAUUUGCUACUGUCAAUCCAAGUGUAAUGAAUUGA